AUGUCCUCCGCUGCACACCAACUUAUCGCCUGCUGCCAACAAUGCUUUCACCUUGCAGCUACAGCUGGAGGACCCAAAGCAUCUCAGCAUUGCCAUGGACAUGGCAAAAUUGAUGCACGAAGUCUUUUCCACACACGCCGAAAGGGUGACCAUCCUGUCACCUUUGGUGUUGUCUGCUGGUGCCGAGUUGAUGAACCACAUGGACGAAGACAGGACCGCUUUGGUCACCUGCACCCGUCUGGGCCAACAUCGUUGCUGACGAUCCUCGCAUCCGAGGCCAUCCUCUCUUCCCCGCCACUGCUGGUUACUGAAAGCAGCAGCAGCAGCAGCCGUCCCCGCCAAGAGCUGGCCCAUCUCAGCCAAAGGGUGUUCCUCGCGCCGAUGAUGCCGAAGAGCGAGGGCGAGGCAUUGAGCGUGGUAAGCACUCUCGGGCUACUAAUGCUAGGAGCCAAAGUCGGCCUGGCGCAAUCCAAGCGUCAACGGCAGAAGUCUAAGGCCAUCAUCACCAGUGAUGAUGACCUUGAGCUAGACGAGGUGGUUCCAAUGGUGCCAGUUCACAAGGAGCAUGCCGUCAACAUGAUCUACAAACCUGGUCAACUCACCAAGGUGGUUACCGAGCAGAAGACUCGCCGUUCUCUCCGGCACUCUGUUGUCGCCAGCGAUGAUGACAUGGACGCCAACUGCAGCAACCAACACUGGCCCUGCACCCAAGAUGGGUGUGCCAUAUGUGGAAUUGCCGAAAACAUUGCAACCCAACAUGUUGAACCAUCAGUGUCAGACACCACCACCACCGCGCAGAAUGAGGAUGAGGUUCCUACUCAUCCAUCCACAUCCAUCCCUCCACCAACCUCUGCCUCUACUGACCGCGACAGCAUGUUGGCUUUGCAGGCUGAAGUUGCCACACUUUGCACUGCAGUCGCCGCAUUGGAGGACCAGGUUGUCGCCGGUGACAAGCGGUGCGAAGAUGCCAACACCAGAUUGGCAGAACAAGAGGCAAGGUCUGCACUCCUCGCUGAAAGAUUCGAUGAGCUCCUCUGGAAGUUGCUGCCGGCAGCUACAUCUGCAACCACUGAGUGCGGUGCUGAGGCUACUGGUGAAUUGGCUGCUGGCGAAUUGCUUGCCAGUGACUCCACCACUGAGGCGUCCAGCACAUCUGCCGACCCCGCCGGCGAAGCCACAGGUCAAUCGGCCGCUGUCCCAUUGACACACACUGCCAAGUCCUCCCAUGAAUCUGCUGCUGGUCCAGCAAACCUUGUGGAUGACUCGCCUGUGCUCAUUGGCUUCUCUGGCGGCGGAAUGAUUUCCCACCUGUUUGUACUGUUGUCUGAAUAUCUUUUGUGGCCGCCGUUCAUUUUAUGUAUAUACAUUCGUUCAAACACUACCAGUUCACCCUGCGAGCCCACCUGUGGUCACCACGAUACAUUGGCAGGGCCCACCUGUAUAGGUGGUGACAACAUCUGGGCCCGCAUGGCUAUUCCAGUGUUUCUGAAUGGGCCAACCGUUCACAUGGAGAAAAUCGGACAACUGCUGCCAUGCCCAUAUGAUUUCGCUGGCCGUGAUUAA